CUCAUGCCGCUUGCGAUCUGGAGCAUAAUGUCUACAGAAGUUAAAAGUUGCAGCGAGCCUUCAGCCUUCCUUAUAACACUGGUCAGGUCCCUUUCCAUCAGCUCCAUGACAAGGAUGUUCACCUCCUUGUCGAAUGAAGCAUCACCGCUUCUAAACUCUUUCACAGCAACUGGUGCCCCCAGCCAUUCAGCCUUGUACACAGAACCAAAUGCACCCGAACCUAUCAAAGUUUUCAGUUCGAGGGCCUGAAUGGUGGCAACGGCUCCUCCUCUGCUUGACAUCAGCUUGUUAACAAGGGACUCAGGUCCUCCAUCGCUGAACGCAGGUUCUCUAUGUGCUUGCGCUUGGAAGGCAUGGCCAUGAGGUACUGCACACCCGGGCUCCUAAUAUCCGUGGCACAAUGAAUCAUGUGAGCAUUGACCAAGGCCGUCAAUCUACCCAGACACAAGCAGAUCUCCGCAAAGGCUCUGGAAUCAGUGAGCCGGACUGCAGCAUGGUAUAGCCAUGUCUCGUCUUGGCACUGCUUGAGAAGCUGCAAGGCUCUGUUCAGCAUACAACCGAGCUCCUGUAUGGCCAGGGGAAGUGGCUUAAGUUCGGAGCAGCUCUGCCAAAGCCGCACGUAUUCUUCGACUACCGAGCAUUGGCUUUGCAGCGGUCCGUCCAGCAGUUCCUGCGCCAUUUCCAUCUCCACCGAGUCAAUUAACCUUGUCAAGAAGAAGUCACAGAGAUUUCUGUGUCAGUGUGGGAUACGGCUCGGCUCGCUGACGUGAGUGCCAUCGGUCGUUUAUUAUUUUUUUGGAGUUCAUACUCCUGACCCUGAGGCUUUUUCUCCCCUAACGAGUGUUUUACGUUUCUUAUCCAGGCUCUCAAAUGUGUUUUCAUGUGUUAUGGUAUUGGUGGUGUCAUGAACUUACAAGUGAAAAAAUAUCGGAACUUCUCAUCAUGUUUUUUGGUACAAAAUGCGCUUUGAUCGUUUCCUCUCUUUGAUAUAUCCAGAGACGACGGACUGGGAGGAGUAUCCUCGUUACGUUGGUCUUAAUGGGCUAGAUCCGGCCACGAAAUCAACAAACCCGAGAGCCUUGUUCGAAGUAAUGGCUAUGCUUCGCAGCCAUACAGCCAGUACUCCCCCCAGCUCCGUUUUACGCCGAUGGUCAGCUCUAUGGACAGUUCGCUUUUCGUUUUCCUGCUCCGGUGUACCACGGUGCUAUUGUGACAAAGAAUGUGCAACGACCGGUUGCAGUGACGGGGCCUUACAUUGUUUACCAGUCAAGAUGACAUUCCAAGCUGAAGAAAUCCCGGCCGAGGGGGCGCUUCCUCGCUCAACAAGGUGCUGGCAGCCAUAGCAGCACUCCUGGUGGUAUCGCCUCGGCCUUACAGUCUGGCGCUGGAAUCUCUAAGGCAGUCUAUCGCCAGACCUCGGGGUGGACAAGAUGGCCUCCACUCAUGAACCAUUUCCAGGAGGUUGCGUUAAACCACGUCUGGAUGUCCAGGCUUGCUGGAGAUGGAUUUGGAGCAACGCAUGCAAUGAUCCGGCACCAUGGGUGGUGUCGGGAGUGCAUGUCCAAUGCUUCAUGGGGCGAUGCGCUGAGAUAGAUACUUGGGUGGCGGGUAAAAAUGGCAUGCGCCUCAUGCGAGACUACAAGUCGGGCCAGAUUUUGGCCAGAGCAACAAGCACCCGGGUGGUGAUGAAUCAGACGACGAGGAGGCUUUCUAAGAUGCCCAACGACGUCCGGGAGGAAAUAACUCCAUUCUAUCUCCCAAGCCCAAGGCAUGGAGAUUUGGACAUGAACCAUGAACAACGUAAAAUACAUCGGAUGGAUGCUGGAGAGCGUGCCUCUCUCUAUUGUUCAAGACCAUGACAUAUCGAGCUUAACUAUGGAGUACCGGCGAGAAUGCGGCCAGAAUGACGUUGUAGAGUCGAUGACCUGGGUACAACACGCAGAUUGCUUGAUCGCGGACGACGAUUUGGAAACGAAGAGAGUGAACUUUGGCGGAAGUGACGAGGAAACUCUCCCUUCUUUCGAGUUCUGACCCGUCACUCUGCAAUCGCAAGAGGUGAAGCAGGCACGGUGGCUGCUCCACACCGUUGGGCGGAGGAAGAAAAAUCGAGAAGCCUGAUGCAUUUGUUCUCCUUUCACGUAGCCAAAUAAGAAACAAAGUUGUUGAGAAAUUUUUGGUUCUA